AUGGAAUGCACGAUCCAUCCGGUAUGCGUUCCAGUGACGUCAGCCGACAUAGGCGACGUCACCCGGAAGUGGAACGCAUGCCGUUGGAAUUGGAACGCACGUUGGUGGAUUGAUUCUCGUCAGCAGUUGACAGAUGAAAUUAUGUCGUUCGACUGGGGAACUUUCCAGGGAUUCCGGAAACUGACCAUGACGUGA